AUGCCUCCUGCUAGGUCCAGACACUAUAGUAAAACCAUUGCUGCAUUAACUGCUAGGCAAUAUAGAAACAACAAGAAACUGGAACUCGAACGACUACGAAAUGGACUCCACCUGGCCUUAAUGGAGGUUGAAAGAUUUAGAUCCUUAUAUUUAGCUGCUCAGCUCGAACUCACAGAAAUGUGUCAAAGGUACGAGAGCCUCAGAACCAGGCAUCAUAAUCCUCUAUCCGAUGGCAGUGUCCAUGGUUCCCUCGGUGAAUCCUCUACCCUGUGCUCUCCAGACCUUGAUCCUUUCUAUGACGACAUCAACCACCCCCCCGUCUCACCUUCAGAUCCUGUGCUCACUGAAGUUAUAUAG